CUUCCAAAUCCAAUUCACAAAGAAACAUAUUAACAAAAACAAAAGAGAAUUAUUUUAUUAUAAUAAGUUUAGAAAUUAAUUAACAUGGAGUGUAGUGACACUACUAAUUCCUCUGCUCCAUUUUUUCAUUAUUCUCCUACUUCCUCAUCUUCUUCACCAAUACCUCAAGUUGUUAUGAGUCCUUGUGCUGCUUGCAAGAUUUUGAGGAGAAGAUGUGCUGAUAAAUGUGUUUUAGCUCCUUAUUUUCCUCCCACUGAACCUGCUAAGUUUACCAUUGCUCAUAGAGUAUUUGGUGCUAGUAACAUCAUCAAGUUCCUACAGGAACUUCCAGAGGAUCAAAGAGCUGAUGCAGUGACAAGCAUGGUUUAUGAGGCUAGUGCAAGAAUAAGAGACCCUGUUUAUGGUUGUGCAGGAGCAAUUUGCCAACUCCAAAAACAAGUCAUAGAGCUUCAAGCACAAUUAGCCAAAGCACAAGCAGAGGUUGUAAACAUGCAACUCCAACAAGCCAAUCUUGUAGCUCUAAUUUGCAUGGAAAUGUCACAAAGUCCACAAGAAUCACCACAACAAUCAUUGGAUAAUAAUAAUAAUAAUGAUGAUGAUUUCAUUAAUCCAAGUACUCCAUAUAGUAGCAACUAUCAAAUUGGUUUGAACUUCCUUGAGGAGAACUCUUUGUGGGAGCCACUUUGGACAUGAAGGACAACUACUACUCCUUCUAGAAUAAAUUAUAAACAAAAAUCAUAAUUCAAAAAUUAAUAUAUCUGAUUAAAAAUUAAGAUUAAAUACAUAUUUUAUUUUAUUCCAAAUAGAAAUUUGGAGAAGUGUUUCCAUCAUGAUCAUCUCCUAAGGAGAAAUUGAAGGGAUCAAGCAAUUUAUAGUAGCUAAUAAAAGUAACUAAGUAGAGCUAGGAUGUAUUCAUGUAGGUUAAUUCCUAGCAUGUGGAAAAACUGGUUGCAGAAAAGUUGAAUUGCCCACAUUAAUUAGAGAUAAAAAAAAUUAUCUCUAAUUUUGAUGUAUUAAUAUUUAGUGAUGAAAUUAGAGAUAAAUUUUAUGCCUUUUAUAUUUAA